UUACAACACUAUAUAUAGGGCACAGCAUAAAUUAGUUUAAAUUUCUCAUCCAUAACUUUCUUCUUUAAUUACAGAACUAUAUUAAUGGCAAAACUGCUGCUAAUAACCCUCUUAGUAACACUUCUAGCAUCUUCAUCAUUGGAAGCUAGGUCUAGUAGUUUAGGUGUUUUUGGAACAGGAAAAUUAUCCACCACAUAUUAUCAAGUGGAGGAAUCAGAUCAGUCUGCAGCUUCACCUCCUAAACCUUUAUUAAUUGUUACACCAAUUAAUGUUGAAGACACAUAUCCUGUCUUUGUGUUUCUCCAUGGCACCUGCCUCUCCAACUAUUUCUACACUGAUAUUCUUGAACAUAUAUCUUCUCAUGGAUAUAUAGUUGUAGCUCCUCAGGUAUAUAACAUACAUAUAUUUGGCUUCUAGUGCAUAAUGUCUCUAAUUGAAAGGGAUGAUCCCCCUCCUUGUUUUGUUGGAAUUUUAUAUGAUAACGAUAUAUUGUUUAAUUCUCAGUUGUAUUCAUGCCUGAUAAACCGAGUGAUACCUAUGCUACCCAUCAGUGGACCAAGAGAGCUCGAAUUCGCAGCAGAAGUUAUGAACUGGUUGCCCUCAGCCUCAGGCCUCCAAUCUGUACUUCCUGAAAAUAUUAAAGCAGACCUAAACAAGCUUUCUGUUGGAGGCCAUAGUAGAGGAGGAAAGACAGCAUUUGCUCUUGCACUUGGAUAUGCAAACAUUCCUUUAAAACUAAAAAUUUUAGCCCUAGCAGCUUUAGACCCUGUAGAAGGAAUGAGCAAAAACAACCCUACUCUACCCAAAACCUUUACAUAUCUGCCACAAUCUCUAGACUUAUCGAUACCUGUAACUGUGAUUGGUACAGGGUUGGGUAACCAGCCAAUAUGCUGGCUUGUUUGCCCUGCUUGUGCGCCAAAUGAGGUUAACCAUGAAGAGUUUUUCAACGAGUGUAGAGCCCCUACUACCCAUUUUGUUGCAGCAGAGUAUGGUCAUAUGGAUAUGUUGAAUGAGAAUAUAAAGGAUUUAGUAGGCAGAUUGACUAAUUCUCUGUGCAAGAGUAGUCAGAGUCCUAAGGAGCCUAUGAGGAAAACUGUAGGUGGUAUCGUUGUGGCGUUUUUGAAGGCUUAUUUUGAAGGUCAAAGUGGAGACUAUUUGACUAUUGUGCAGGAACCUUCUGUUGCUCCUGUCAAGCUUGAUCCUGUUCAAUUCACUGAAGCAUAAAACCAUGCCCAAGUUUAGCUGCCAGAAUGACUUGAAUUUGUGAUUCUUCUGCUUUCUUUUUCUAUGGUUAAUUUGGUUUUGGCGACUGCUUAACUCUUGCAGACGACUCAUA